AUGGUGCAGUGCAAAGCUUUGUCUCUAGAAGAGGCAAAGAAAUCUGAAUUUCAGGGGAGAGUGGCCCCCGCCUCAGGGCAACCACAGACUUGGGGCGCAAGAACAGCCUCCUUUCCUCCUCUCCUGUCAGGGCUGUUUGCUUCCCAACUAGGAAGAUUCUUUGGUUCUGUACACACAGCAGAUGCCAAAACUCUUCCCGAAUCUUUGGAAGCCUCGUCUCCUCACAGCUCCAUUGCGGUCACUCUCGAGGAUGUGGACCUCUGGAUGAAGUUCCACCAAGUGGGAACAGAGAUGAUCAUCACCAAAUCUGGACGGCGGAUGUUUCCCCAGUGCAAGAUCAAAGUUACGGGCUUGAUCCCCUAUGCAAAGUAUCUUAUGCUGGUGGACUUUGUGCCGAUGGACAGCUUCAGGUACAAGUGGAACAAGGACCAGUGGGAAGUUGCUGGGAAGGCGGAGCCACAGCCCCCCUGCCGGACCUACGUCCACCCGGACUCCCCUGCCUUGGGCAGCCACUGGAUGAAAGAGCCCAUCUCCUUUCAGAAGCUCAAGCUGACCAACAACACUCUGGACCAGCAUGGCCACGUCAUUCUCCACUCCAUGCAUCGCUAUAAGCCUCGCUUCCACGUCAUGCAGGCGGACCACCUCUUCAGCACCCACUGGGGUGCCUUCCAAACCUUCAGCUUCCCAGAGACUGUCUUCACCUCCGUCACGGCAUACCAGAACGAGAAGAUCACAAAACUCAAGAUCUACAACAAUCCAUUUGCUAAAGGCUUCCGAGAACACGGGAAGAACAGCCGCAGAGAGGGAAAAGUUCAGAAAAACAGUUCAGCCAAAGGUCAGAAGAGGACAUUGAUGGAAAGACCCACACUUGGCGUGGAGGAACCAGAUCUUAUGAGGCAUGAAAACAUGGAGGUGAAGGAGGAGAGCUAUGCCAUUCCAGUUGCCAACAGCAGCUACCCCAUCUGGGUCUCGGAGCAAAACAGCCACCCUUCCUCUUCUGCCCCUGCAGAGGCUCUGCCUCAAGGAGUGGGGGAGAGUGCAAGGACCACUCAAGAAGAGCAAGUCCCAACACCUUCCCCGCCGCCCUCUUCCUCCUUACAAGCAUACAGGUUUCACGAGGCUGGCGAAGGCUCCUUUUCGGGGGCCCUCCGCGACAGAGUAUCUCUCAGUGAAUUCCGAGCCAGACCCCCGCAGCUGGACUUUGCCCCAGUUCCUGAGCAAGACCCUAAACUAGCAGACGGCGGCUUCGCCACCAGUCUCCCCCCACUUCCUGCUACUCUCCCUCCACAGGACUACUCUGGGAUGGUGGCCAUGGCUGUUGACCCUGCAGGGAAAGCAGGAUCCCGGAGGCCCAUGUACAGCCCCUACAACCCUGACCAAAGCUUCAGCCAGUGGGUGGUUCCUUCACCGACACCCUACCGCCCUAUGAGUUACUCUGGGUUUCCUACAGACUACAGUACGCAGGGGCCCUCAGGCCACCCCCCAGGCGCAAUGGCAGACUGGAGCCAAUAUUCCUUGUUCCCCUAUGCCUGCUGGUAGAGGGCUAGGAGGAAGACUUGAGGGUAGGGGAGACUUUGUGAGAUCUGCCUUAUACUUUGCACAAAGGAAGGCUUCUUACCCCUCCCCCACUUUGCGUUUCUCCACCAAAGAGCAGCCAUUCUAAACCCUGGAAAGCUGGUUUGGAGCAUGUGCCAAGAUGCUGGCUUGGAAAUUGGGACAGUUGCCAAGACAUACCCUCUCCACUCCUGCCACCCCAGUCGCCUUUAAUAAAAUGACAGAAUGUUUCAUUGGUUUUUGAAGCCCAUUCACAUUCACACACACACGAAGAAAGUGCUCUGGGCACAUCUUUUUUUUCUCUUUUUCCACCUGACAAGAAGGAAACACAGAGCUACCUACAAAGGCACAAAUCUCCAGCAAGAGAAAGGAGGCCCUAUGGAAAAGUAUUAAUCAGCUGAAAGGCCUGUAAUCCAUUUGCUGCAGGUAAAAGAAUAACAGCGCUGCCCCCUUUCUCUCUUGUGUCUUGUCCCAACAAAUCCUAGGCUGGGACAACUCUGUUAGGGCGUGGAUCACUGCUAGAGAUCUGCAUACUCCCUACCACUUCUCAGAAGAAACCGCAAGCUUCUCAAUUCCAGGAGUUAUAAAGGAAAUGUUCCUUUAAGGAUAUUCAGAGAGCAUUGUUCUUUUCUAAAUGCUAGGAACCAGUGACAUGCAGGGUAAGAGACCCACUCUCUUGCAGCCACAAGAGCACUGUGGAGAAGGGAAUGAGAUCCUCUUGCACAGAGUAUCUUCUGCUGUCACAGAAAAGCCUGUCGCUGGCAGCCAGCAUGACGGUGAACAUUCAAGGCAUAGAUAACAACUAUUGCUGCAAGUUGGAUGCAUGUUUUAUUGAGAGUACGCAAACUGGGCAAUGGCUGGGUGUGGGACCUCCAGUGAAGUAAACUGAGAAAACAAAAAAAGGCAUUAAUUUUAACAAAAGACGCUGUGUGUUCUAAGAAUAUAUUUAAUACUGUUAAUUCUGUAGCACAAAAUAAAAUAAAAACAAGCUAUGAUGAUCCCCACAAUAAGGCUUAAAGCAUAACACAUUAUUGCCUGAAAUUCAAAUGAUACUUCAAUUAUGUAAAAAUGUUUGCACAGUGAAGACUGUCUUUUAAGUACAAGGCCA